AUGAAAAACCUUAUUAAAAAAACACAAACACCAAGAUUAAGAAUAAGUAAACAAAGUAAAAGUAGUCAUAAAUCAUCAAGUAAAAUGGAUUCAUCAAUAUCAAUGUCAAUAUCAGAGAAUGAUGAAUUAGAUUUAGAAGAUGUUUGGGUAGAAAGUCUGACGUCAUUAAGUCCAGAAAUAACAAGUGCAGUACUUAAUUACAUUUUAAGACCAAGUUUAGAUGAACAAGAAAAAACAAGAAAUACAAUGGUUUUACUUUCUUUUUAUAAUGCAUGUAAUAAAAUUCCAGAACUUAUUGAUUUUUGUGUUGAAAGAGAUUAUUAUUGGAAAUUAGAUAAUGUUUCAAAAUAUUCACCAUAUUCAACUAUUCUUUCAUCUGUUAUUAAUGUGUCGUAUCAAAAUUUUUUUAUUGAAAUUCAUCAACAAUUAAUGAAACGAGGAGCAAAAAUGAAAGGAAUAAUUUUAGAUGAAGAAAAGAAGAGUAGUUCUGAUAAAGAAUUAAAAAAAGUAAAAGAAUUUUUAGCAAAUUUUAUGGAAAUAUGGAUGGAUUAUAAAGAUAUUCCAUAUUUAGUUAUGUGUAUUUGGUCAAAAACACAGGACUUUCUUAUUUCUAAAGGGGUAGAUCAAAGUAAAAUAGAUAUGGUUAUGAUACAAUUAUGUUUUCUUUUACCAUUUAAUUGUUUUGCUUCAUUAUUUACUACAGAUAUAGAAAGUACUGAAAUUAUAUUAUUUUUUAGUAAAUUAAUGAAUUCUUUAUUAUCAACAGUUGAAACUCAUUCUUAUUGGAAAAAUUGGAUAAAAACAAAUUCAAAAGAUUUAACAGAGAAAAUAGUAAAUUAUAUUAGAAAUAAAAAAGGAAUGGAAAUUGAAAGAGAUAAAAUAACUAUUUCAUCAACUUAUGAACCAACAGCAGUUAUUUAUAUGCUUAAUAAUGAUUGGCGUCAAUUAAAAGAUUAUUUAUCACCAGAAGGAUAUAAAAUGAUUGAAAUUCAUAUGACAGAAGAAACUAAUUUAAAAAAAAGAGCGUUAUUAAUUAUUAGAGAAUUAAAUAAUUUAAGAGUAAGUACUUUUAAUGAAAAUCAAAUGUAUCUUCAAAAAAUGUCUGAAAUGAAAAUGAGAAUGAAAGAUCUUCAAGAAGAAAGAAGAUAUUUAAGACAAAUUCUUUAUCCAGAAGAAAGUGAAACAAUAUCUAUUGAAGAAGAUAAAGAUUUAUCUACUCAUUCUUAA